UGAUGCCUCCACUAUGCACUAAAAUUGGCCAAAACGCGUUGCCCCGCAGUCGCUUGUGACGUGUUGUUUUUUUGUAAAUUAUGUUUUUUAGCCACUAAAAAGGGAAAAGUUUGUUAAAAAUACACUAAAUCCGACUUUAAACGACGGCUGCCACACACAAACCACAAUGCUGACCCUGCGGGAGCGCCAAAUCAAUGCCAUUAAGCAAAUGCUUAAUUUAAACUCGCAGCAGCCAAAAGCUUUGGCCGCCGAACCCGUGUGGAAGAUCCUCAUCUACGAUCGCGUGGGCCAGGACAUAAUAUCGCCAAUUAUUUCCAUCAAGGAGCUGCGCGAAUUGGGUGUAACCCUGCAUGUACAACUCCACUCCGAUCGCGACUCCAUUCCGGAUGUGCCUGCCAUCUACUUUUGCCUGCCCACCGACGAGAAUCUGGACAGGAUUCAGCAGGACUUUUCAAAUGGCCUUUAUGAUGUGUACCACCUGAACUUCCUGGCUCCCAUUACACGUAGCAAAAUCGAAAAUCUAGCUGCUGCCGCCUUGCAUGCCGGUUGCGUGGCCAAUAUCCAUCGCGUUUACGAUCAGUAUGUGAACUUCAUCAGCCUGGAGGAUGAUUUCUUUGUCCUGAAGCAUCAACAGAGCGAUCAGCUCUCCUACUAUGCCAUCAAUCGGGCCAAUACCCGUGAUGAGGAGAUGGAGGCGCUGAUGGACUCCAUUGUGGACUCGCUCUUUGCCCUAUUUGUGACCCUGGGCAAUGUGCCCAUCAUCCGCUGUCCGCGAAACAGUGCCGCAGAGAUGGUGGCCCGCAAGCUGGAGAAGAAGCUGCGCGAAAACCUCUGGGAUGCGCGUGCCAAUCUAUUCCACAUGGAUGCCACGCAGGCAGGCGGCGGAGUUUUCAGCUUCCAGCGACCAGUGCUGCUGCUGCUUGACAGAAACAUGGAUCUGGCCACGCCGCUGCAUCACACCUGGUCCUAUCAGGCGCUGGUGCACGAUGUCCUGGACUUGGGCCUCAAUUUGGUCUAUGUGGAGGAUGAGACAGCCAGUGCUGGUGCCCGCAAGAAGCCCAAAGCCUGCGAUUUGGACCGCAACGAUCGCUUCUGGAUGACGCACAAGGGCAGCCCGUUUCCAACAGUGGCCGAGGCCAUUCAGGAGGAACUGGAGUCGUACCGCAACUCCGAGGAGGAGAUCAAGCGCCUGAAGACCUCCAUGGGCAUUGAGGGCGAGUCGGACAUUGCCUUCUCGCUGGUCAACGACACCACCGCCCGGCUGACCAACGCCGUCAAUUCGCUGCCCCAGUUGAUGGAGAAGAAGCGACUGAUCGACAUGCACACCAAGAUUGCUACUUCUAUCCUGAACUUCAUCAAGGCACGUCGUCUGGAUUCGUAUUUCGAAAUCGAGGAGAAGGUCAUGUCGAAGCAGACACUGGACAGGCCGCUCUUGGAUCUGCUGCGCGACGGGGAGUUCGGUCAGGCGGAGGACAAGCUGCGGCUGUACAUCAUAUACUUCAUCUGCGCCCAGCAGCUGCCCGAAUCGGAGCAGGAGCGGCUCAAGGAGGCGCUGCAGGCGGCCGGCUGUGACCUGACUGCCUUGGCGUAUGUGCAGCGCUGGAAGGGCAUUAUGAACCGCUCGCCGGGCAUCCACCAGGCCACUCAGUACGAGGGCGGCGGCACCAAGACUGUGUCCAUGUUCACCAAGCUCGUCUCGCAGGGCAGCUCCUUUGUGAUGGAGGGAGUCAAGAAUCUGGUGGUCAAGCGGCAUAACCUGCCUGUCACCAAGAUCACCGAACAGGUGAUGGAGUGCCGCAGCAAUGCGGAGACGGAUGACUAUCUCUAUCUGGAUCCCAAGCUACUCAAAGGCGGCGAUGUGCUGCCCAAGAACCGGGCUCCAUUCCAGGAUGCCGUGGUCUUCAUGGUCGGCGGUGGCAACUACAUUGAGUACCAGAACCUGGUGGACUUCAUCAAGCAGAAGCAAACGUCCAAUGUGCAACGGCGGAUCAUCUACGGCGCUUCCACGCUGACCAAUGCGAGGCAGUUCCUCAAGGAGCUGUCCGCCCUGGGCAGCGAAAUUCAGUCACCCACGGCGACGAGUUAGGAGCGGCUGCUUCGAUUCCAUUGCUGCUGAGCGGAGUGGACCGGGUUUUGGAUGUGUGCAUGUGUGUCUCUGUGUGGCUGCUUUCGUUUACUUUAAGCAUAUCCAAAAAUAAAUUAAAUGCCAGGCAAAAAAGUGGAACGCAAGGGGCGAACUGAGCACUGAACAGCACUCGGCAAUUACUCCAACCUGACGCUUAAUCCCCGAAGGACAACAAGCAAAAACAUGCGUAGCCCCGUGUACAACAAGCCCAGGGAGAUGGAGUUGGCGAUGGAGAUGGAGAUGGUGAUGGGACGACGGGCAGGGGCACUCGCAUUCUAGGCACCCAUUAACACCAACUUGGCAACGCUUUGAUGGACAGCUGACAGACAACCAGUCAACUGAGGCCGAGGCUGAGGCGUUGAUGGCCCCGACUUCAUCCAGUCGAUACCUUCGGCGGUGCCACAAUUAUGGGGCGACAACUAUGCGCGGCACUUGGGGACAGGCGCAGAAGUUAGCUGGCAGGGCCAGAGCCCGGCAAUUAGCACUAUCCCUAGCCAGCUAUGAAUGGACAGUCGAACGCCAGAGGACGGAGCACGAGCACUCAGCGGAUUUCUUUCGAAGCACUGCAGCACUGAUUGAAUGCCGCUUCUUUGGGAGACGGCCAGGCAGGCAAGUCAAUCAAAGUGGAGCGUUAAAUUAUCCCUGGAACUUCCCUUGUAGUCCAGCUUUUUGCCAGUAUGUUGUUUAUCCUAGGCUUGGCUUGCAAUA